UACUCCGCGCUGCGGCUAAGGCGUGGCUUCCGCUCCGGGCGCCUGAAGGAGACUAGGAGACACCUGGGUCGCUCUGCUUGCGUCGCUGGCCCUGCCACUACCCUCAGUCCAUGAGGAAGAUGCUCGCCGCCGUCUCCCGCGUGCUGUCGGGCGCUGCCCAGAAGCCGGCAAGCAGAGUGCUGGUGGCAUCCCGUAAUUUUGCAAAUGAUGCUACAUUUGAAAUUAAGAAGUGUGACCUUCACAAGCUGGAAGAAGGCCCUCCUGUCACCACGGUGCUCACCAGGGAGGAUGGGCUCAGAUACUACAGGAUGAUGCAGACUGUCCGCCGAAUGGAGUUAAAGGCAGAUCAGCUGUAUAAACAGAAAAUUAUUCGUGGUUUCUGUCACUUGUGUGAUGGUCAGGAAGCUUGUUGUGUGGGCAUGGAAGCUGGCAUAAAUCCCACAGACCAUCUGAUCACAGCCUAUCGGGCUCAUGGCUUUACCUUUACUCGUGGGCUUUCUGUACGAGAAAUUCUCGCAGAGCUUACAGGACGAAGAGGAGGCUGUGCUAAAGGAAAAGGAGGAUCAAUGCAUAUGUAUGCCAAGAAUUUCUACGGGGGCAAUGGCAUCGUUGGAGCUCAGGUGCCCCUGGGAGCUGGGAUUGCUCUGGCCUGUAAGUAUAAUGGAAAAGAUGAGGUCUGUUUGACUUUGUAUGGCGAUGGCGCUGCUAACCAGGGUCAGAUAUUUGAAGCUUACAAUAUGGCAGCUUUGUGGAAAUUGCCUUGUAUUUUCAUCUGUGAAAAUAACCGCUAUGGGAUGGGAACGUCUGUUGAGAGAGCAGCAGCCAGCACUGAUUACUACAAGAGAGGCGACUUCAUUCCUGGGCUGAGGGUAGAUGGAAUGGAUGUCCUAUGUGUCCGGGAGGCAACAAAGUUUGCAGCUGCCCAUUGUAGGGCUGGAAAGGGGCCUAUACUAAUGGAGCUGCAGACUUACCGUUACCAUGGACACAGCAUGAGUGAUCCUGGAGUCAGUUAUCGUACACGAGAGGAAAUUCAGGAAGUAAGAAGUAAGAGUGACCCUAUCAUGCUUCUCAAGGAUAGAAUGGUGAACAGCAAUCUUGCCAGUGUUGAAGAAUUAAAGGAAAUUGAUGUCGAAGUGAGGAAAGAAAUUGAGGAUGCUGCCCAGUUUGCUACAGCUGAUCCUGAACCACCUUUGGAAGAACUAGGCUAUCACAUCUACUCCAACGAGCCACCUUUUGAAGUUCGGGGUGCAAAUCAGUGGAUCAAGUUUAAGUCCAUCAGUUAAUGGGAGACUGCAUGUAAUGGAUGGUUACAUCUUCAGUGGGCUAUUUGACAGCAACUAUAAGGAACUCUUGUUGUUAUCACCCAUAGAAUGUAUGUAGAUUAAGGUAGUAAUUGCAUGCGGUUUAUACAGUAUUGCAUUAAAGGUUAUGUUAGAUUUAUAUAGGUCUAAAUAGGUAACAGACUUUGCUUUAACCUUCCUUCAGAUUAUUUCCUUAAAAAAGUCUAUUUGCUCUAGUUUGUACACUGUUUAACAGGUACUUUUUAGUUAUUGAAAGGAAAAACAAUUCUUUGUAUGCCUGUCCAAUUCUGCCACCUUAUUUUUUGGGGGUAGGGGCUCAUUCCCCCGUCUGGCCCAACCCCACAGCUAACAACAACGUACAUUAAUGCACACACACGCCUAUAAGACAACAUUUAGUUGUCUAACCAGGCAGUGGGUAGGACAGUUCCAUUUUUAAAUAGGACUACUUCACAAUCAUUUCAAAGGUCAAAUAACUUAAAGUGCAAUUAACCAGUUACUAUUAACUUAUAACCUAAAACUGAUUCCUAGCCUUUUUGUUAAACACCUAUUGUUUUAUCUUUGCAGCAAGUGCUAUAUAGGAUGUGCUGAUUUUUUUCAUUGAAGUAACUUAAAAUUAAUUUUUAAGAAUUCCAUAAUACUCUGGACAUCAAAACUGUGGCUCACAAUCACUGUUCUCAUAAUACAUACCGUUCUACUCACCUUUAAAAUGUUGAUAAACAGAGGCAUAAAACAUGAAAGCCAGUGAAAACAUUUUAUUAACUCUUUAGAACUUCAAGUUUUUAAAUUGUUUAUGGUGUUUUAUGUGUGUCUGUAUGAGAAACUUUAACAACAAAGAUGUCAGCUCCUU